AUGGGAGUUCAUUGCCUAUCAUCCAUUAUCUUAUCACUUCUAGUUCUUUCUAUUGCAGCAGUUUCCGUCUUUGCGGUCGACGUCACGCAGAUUAACAAAAUCUGCGAACAUGAACAAGACUCCGAGUUCUGCUCUCAGACUCUGAUUGGAGAUCCAGGAACUGCAGCAGCAGAUAUCGAUGGGCUUAUGCUUAUAACGAUUCCAUUAACGCUUGAAAAAGUUCAUGAUAUUUCCAACAACAUUACCUUUCUACGACAUACCGUCACCGAUUCUGUAGUGAAAGAACGGUUAAUUUCUUGUCAAGAGAACUAUGUUAAUGCACAAUUCUGGUUUCAAAGAGCGUAUGAUUCUGGGGUUGCAAAAUCGUAUUAUGAUAUUUUCUAUUUGUUAAGAAAAGGAUGGUUUGAGGCUAGUGUUUGUGAGAAUGGGUUUAAAUUUGAACCUGUUCGUACAUCACCUUUAACAGCGAGUUAUGAUCUGUUGCUCAAACAUGUCGAACUUACGUAUGCUGUCAUCCAACAUAUCAUCGGCCCAAGCAGCAAGUUACAAGAGAUGGAUCUAUUCAAACCGUUACCAGCAGAGCUCAACUGA